UACAUGAGGGGCUAAUUGAUCGGAUCUCGUAAAACUUUGAUUUCUGGUCCUUGCGCUCCGGUCCAUCCAGAGGUCACCACUGCGCAGGCCUGUCCCCCCUCCGCGCCGACUGUUUGGUGUUGGAAGAAAAUGGAGUGAAAUACGUAGAAGCGUAUUUUCCCUUCGAUUCGAUUAUUCAGUAUUAAUAUUUAAAGAUAAGAAUAAGUGUUUGGAAUUACGUAAUGACAUGGUGGUGCUAUUUCCGCCCGAGUGGAUCUGAGAAAUACCUAUGAUUAUGAAGAACUUCAUAAAAUGAACUGAGCAUCACAAAAAAAUAAUAUCUACAAUAUUGUACAAAUAAUGGAAAUGAGGGAAUGAACCAAAUUCGUUGAACCACCGAAUCUGAGAAGAGAUCUAAGAAGAUGAAUGAAUAGGCAAUUGUAAAAAAGAACUAGUACCUAAAACUUAACUGAAUUUGCACAUUGACUGAAUUGAAUUGAAUAAAAUAAACUAAAAUAUCAAUUCACUGAAAUAAGAUAUAGAUAUCACUAGGGGUAAAUAUUUAGAAUGAAAAAAGAUAAAAAACAAACAAAAGAUAAUUGAGAAUAUCUGAAAAUCCAGAUCAAAGAACAAAAAAAGGCGAAAUAGCAUGGAAAUGGAAGUGUCAGGUGGAGAUACCAGUGAACGUCUAGAUCGUUUCGUAGGAGGUCAGAGGCCCUCGUCCUUCUGGAUAGUCGAGUGGAUCCAAAUCAAAGAACUGACGACUGAAUGGAGCGAGUUCAAAAAGAGCAGCAUAAAAUCCCCGGACCCCUGCGAGUUCUACUACAACGCGAGGAUCAAUGUCAGGAAUGGACUGGACAUUCAAGUCGUGAAGAGAAACACAAAACCAGCCAGGGCCAACAUAACAGUCAGCUUCAUUGACAUGUCUGUGGACAAGAUGAUUAAGUUGUAUGAUUGGACGGUUGAGCAUUGUUUCCACAAUAUCAUCAAGCCCGAUUUGCUGCAGGAGGUCGAUAGAGUUCACAUUAUGGUGCUCAAUGUGUGGUAUGGAUUCAUCGACGAGAUGCCACCUCCACCUUCCAAACAGAUGUAUCCAGGUUUUGAAUAUUUCUACCUAAACGAAGAACUGAGUGAUUUCAAAAUAAUUAUUGACGACCAGACCCUCCCCGUUCACAAAUUUCUCCUGGCAGCUUCGAGUCGUGAAUUUUUGAAAAUGUUUGUAACCCCAAUGAAAGAAUCUCAAGAGAACCGCGUGGUGAUCGAGGACAUUGAGCUUCCGGUGAUGAAGGAAGUCCUGAGGUAUAUCUACACAAAAGAGACAUCAGCCCUGAACGACGUUCAUAUGGCCCUGAGUGUGCUCGUUGUCGCCGAAAAAUAUGGCCUCGAGACCCUGAAACACGUCUGCCAGAGUAAAUUGUAUAAACAACUGAGUAUUGACAAUGCACUUCUGAUUCUCGAUUUUGCUGACAUGUACAAUGCUGUGCAGUUGAGAAAAUUCACGAUUAAUUUCUUGUCAGAUAAUAAGAAGAGGGUUGCGAGCAGAGUCGAGUUUAGGGAGCUCUAUCACAGAAAACCUGAAUUACUGUUUGAUUUUAUAACAAUGGCACUUAAAGAUUGAAUUUGGAAUUAAUAAAUUUGAUAUUGACUGCA